AUGUCCCACCCCUUGUACCAGGCACAUCGGGUCACGCCUGCGCUAGCCUGGGCAACAGGGGUCAACUGCUUUAGCACUAUUCAGUUUGGCUUCAACUUGGCAGCCACAAACGCUCCAGCGAAGGUUAUAGCAUGUAAAAAGCACUUGGAGCUGCCUGGUGGCUAUGCAGACUCGUUUUGGGGUCAUAUGGGCACAGAUCAGUGUAUUCCAAUGUCGUUUAAUGAUAUCGCCUUGAUGAGCACCAUGUUUACGCUAGGCGGUUUCUUAUCGUCAGUGGUCGCUGGAUCGCCUUUGGUUUCUUCAGUGGUUGGACGUAAACGGAUUCAGAUCAUCUGCGCUGUGCUAUUUUUUUGUGGUUCUACGUUUUUGUGUAUCGCCAAUACCAGAUGGGCUUUCUUGGCUGGUAGAGCGCUCACUGGCUUGGCUCUGGGCGUAUCCAUAGUGGUGGCUCCAAUUAUGGUGAAUGAGCUUGCGCCUUUCAAUCAUAGGGGUCUUAUGGGGUCUCUAUUACAGUUUGGCGUGGCUUUUGGCAUUCUAGCGGCGCAGUUGACUGCGCUUUCUUGGAGUAACGACCACCAAUGGCGCUGGAUAUUCGCUUUUGGCGCUGGACUCGCCUUGACGCAGCUUGUACUUCUAUUCACCAUUACCGAGUCGCCAAAAUGGAUGAUAACCCACCGCGGUAACGUUUCUAAAGCCACGAGAACCCUUCAUACAUUGCGUUCCGAGGCACGGUCGGUGAACCAUGAAAUACAGCACUGGAGAGAGAUAACCAACAACUCCAAACCUCCAGUAACUGAAGAAUCGCCUUUAUUAGACUCUGAGGAUGACCUUCCAUCCACAUUUACAACCUUAUCGCCUCUGAAAUCUAGAAGAGGGUCCAUUGACCCCAGCUCGGUCAGCAUGUACGAAUACGUCACCACCUCCCAAUACAAAAAAGAGGUGAUUGCCGUGGGCCUUAUCAUGACAGCCCAGCAGCUCUGUGGAAUGAACGCCAUCAAUUUCUAUGGAGUUUCCAUCCUCGAAAGCGUCAUGCCCUAUGGGUUCAAUGUGCUUUAUAUUACACUGAGCAUAGCGCUCUGCAAUGUCGUGGCCAUGCUUGCUGUGUCGCCGUUUAUCGAUAAAGUCGGUCGUAAACCGCUUCUUAUCACUUCCCUAGCCAUAAUGGGUGUAUCUUCAUGCUUCAUAUCCAUCGGUAUGUUGACCCAACACGGAGUCGUAGCCUCAAUUGCAUGCUUCACCUUCGUUAUAGGCUUCUCCCUAGGCCUUGGCCAAAUCCCCAUGCUUAUGGUGAGCGAACUUUCCAGCCACCAAACGAUUGGCGUUGCCCAGUCUUUCGGUACCAUGCUUAAUUGGGGAGCCAACGUUGCAGUAGCAUACGGCUUCCCACAGCUACAAUUGCUACUUGACAAGCACGACUUUUUCGUCUUUUUUGGGAUCUGUUUUGUCUACAUUUUCCUUAUCUACUGCUUCGUUCCAGAAACCCAAGGUCGCCUUAACUAUGACGAUAUUUGGACAAGUCUAUGA